UCCCCUCGCAUCGCAGGCAGGCGUAGCCCCCACCAAACGAAGCGUUUCGGUUCGCCAGAGCAAAGCUGCUCGUGCAACAAGCGAAGCGCCAGAAGAGUUGGUGGCUAGGCAGAUAGAGAGAUGGCGUCGCCGUCGUCGUCGCUGUGUCCCAGCUUCGCCUCCCUGCGGGCCGCCUCCCUCGGCCACCGCCGCGGCCUCGCCUUCUCCUCCCCCAGGAAGGCAUUCCAAGUGAAGGCGUCAGCUCGGGUUGACAAGUUCUCAAAGAAUGACAUCAUUGUGUCCCCUUCCAUUCUUUCUGCAAACUUUGCCAAGCUUGGCGAUCAGGUAAAAGCUGUGGAGGUGGCAGGAUGUGACUGGAUUCAUGUCGAUGUCAUGGAUGGACGCUUUGUGCCAAAUAUCACAAUUGGACCUUUGAUUGUUGAUGCUCUGCGUCCAGUGACUGAUCUUCCAUUGGAUGUGCAUCUGAUGAUUGUGGAACCUGAGCAGCGAGUCCCAGAUUUUAUCAAGGCAGGUGCUGAUAUUGUUAGUGUUCACUGUGAGCAAACAUCAACCAUCCAUUUACACCGAACAGUCAAUCAGAUUAAAAGUCUAGGAGCAAAGGCAGGAGUUGUUUUGAAUCCUGCGACUCCACUCGGUGCAAUAGAUUACGUUCUUGAUGUUGUUGAUCUGGUCUUGAUUAUGUCUGUGAAUCCUGGGUUUGGCGGCCAGAGCUUUAUCGAGAGUCAAGUAAAGAAAAUUGCAGAGUUGAGAAGAUUAUGUGCAGAGAAGGCAUUGAACCCCUGGAUUGAGGUUGAUGGUGGUGUUGGUCCGAAAAAUGCCUACAAGGUCAUUGAAGCCGGGGCAAAUGCCAUCGUUGCUGGUUCUGCAGUUUUUGGGGCUCCAGACUAUGCUGAAGCUAUUAAAGGAAUCAAGACCAGCCAAAGACCUGUAGCUGUACCGGCAUGAGGAACUGGAAGUAUACACGUUUACUCUAUUCAAGUUUACCAUUGCUGCGGUUUGUAUAGAUGUGUGUCGAGCCAUACGUUAAACUGGAGAUCAAAGGAGACGGAGGCAGUGAAGAAAUAUCAUUCUCUUUUUGUCAUUGUCCGCGAGUAUACCUUGUACUACUCCCAGAUUGUUGUGCGGUAUUAACAUGAGCACAGGAUCGUUCUUUCCAAUA